AUGGCGGCCACGAUGGGUAUUUCCUGUUUUCCAUAUCAAGAACUGAGAAAAAGACCUUCCCAUGGCUGCUUGAAAGUUACAGAACCGAUUUAUUCUCGUAAAUUAUCGACAAUAGGAGCUUCGCCAUUUACGAAGAGCGCGUAUUUCUCUUCGAAAAAGCUGAUUUCUACCCUCCCCAGAUGCAGUGGCCCCACAGGCUCGAGCGGAGAGAAAGAUAAAAGCUCGAAUCAAGACAAGACACCUUUCGGAUACACGAGGAAGGAUGUUUUACUCAUAGGGAUUGGAGUUACGGUUGCUGGCAUUGGUCUUAAAAGUGGAUUGGAGUAUGUUGGAAUCGAUCCAUUACAGGCUGGGAAUGUGGUCCAGUUAGUGUUGGUCUUAGGUCUUACGGUUGGGUGGAUUUCGACAUAUAUAUUCAGAGUCUCGAAUAAAGAAAUGACGUACGCUCAACAGUUACGGGACUAUGAGGACAAAGUCAUGCAGAAAAGGUUGGAGAGCUUAACAGAAGCUGAGAUAGAAGCAUUGUUUGAGCAGGUCGAGGAAGAGAAGAAAAGCUUAGCUCGUGGAGGUGGUGCCGAACAACAACUCAGAGGGAGCAAAACCAAACUCCCUCCCCGCCACGUCAAUCGCUUCUGUAGCCCAAGGACCACCGUCAUCAAAAGAGACGAAGAUGGAAAGCACAAAGCCCUGACCUCCGGCCGACAGCUGCACGCAGCCAUUAGCCCGACACCCGUUUCUUGCCCACGAACCGACGACCACCACCACUAUUGCCAUGGCAUCCAGGCAAAAGGACGAAAAUUCACUCGACAUCAACGAUCGCUAGCUCGCCGGAGGAGCAACCAAACUGGAGCCAUCUAG